GGACAGGACUCCGGUGAGUCGCGCGAUACUCGGCGCUUCGCGAUCGCCAAACGCUGCAGGAGGACUUUUCUCGGAUAAUCGACGGCGUCGCGGGUGACGACGAAGAGGAAAGAGGGAGAGAUCGUUUCCUCACGCGCGGGAAGUGCGUCCUGUUGCGAAAAGUGCAUCUCUCAACCGGGAGAAUCGACGACCGGCAUGGAGAGGAGGCAGCAAUGUCGUCACCAGCGUCGUGACUCGACCAGCUUCCAAGGUUGAAGGCCCAGCGCGAAUACACAGCCGUCAACGGAAAAUAUGGGCUCGGAAGCCUGGGAGCUGGAGAGAAGAUACUCGGUGCCGGGAGCUCUGGACACCAGGGGACUGGAGCCGCCAGCCAGCGAGGAUUUGCACGCAUGGUCGAUUUACAGGCAAAAUCUGAACUCGGACUUCACGGACUCCGCGCUCGGCUCGGCAGAAAAGUCGCCGUUGCCUUACGGAAAUUUCCAACUUCGCGACUCCACUGUGCAGAGCAUCCUGCGACAUCCGCGAUACGGGCCCAAGAGCCCACUUGCCAAUAACUCUUAUACUUAUUUAAAAUUCGGCCUGCCGCGCGUCCUGCCACCCAGCUCGCGGAAUCGCGACGGCUCCAGCGGCUACGAUUCCAGCGAGGAAGGGCGACGCGUAUCGCACGCAGGUGUUCCGGUGCAUUCGGCAUCAGUUAUGCGUUCAGCCAGAAGUGAUCCGGAUUUUAGGCACGUCCACGCGGUUCCGAGAGAGCAAACGCACUCUCAAUUAACUAUCGCGAGGGAUCAUCCGAGGCUAAGAAGCGCCAGCGAGGCUAAUCUUCUGCAGAGCGCGAUCAGGACUAAUCGGCGGCACAGCAUCGCACCGAUCGAUCCUGGAUACAUAACACAUGGGCACCCAGGUAUCCUGGGACCGGAAAGUUACAUGCUGCCAUUGAGACCAGUGCCGUUGCAGCAUCCCCAUCUACAGCUGCGGGGCGUGGAGGCUUCAGGUUCGGACGGGCUGCCGCUUCUUCGUAGUAUCACCCUCGAGGCCGGUGCCGCCGAGGUGCUGGCCAUCAUGGCGACCACCGAGAAAGAAGGCACGCAAAUUAUCGAGACGAUCGCGGGCAGAAGGCGUAUAAAGCGGGGCGAUAUUCUGCUCAAUGGAAGAUCGGUAUCGGCACGUACUCUGAGAUCUCGUGUCGCUUACCUUCCAACGGAGAGCGGCUUGAGUCCCGGACUGACGGCUCAGCAAACUCUCAGCUUCUAUAUGUUGUUGAGAGGCGGCCGCAACACCACCGCGCUCGAAGCCGAGGCCGUCCUACAGGAGCUCGGCUUGGAGGCGACCAAGCACUGUCUGGUGAAUACCCUGACGACUUCUGAGGCCCGACGACUGGCUUUAGCCUGUCGGCUGUUACAAGAUUCGCACGUCCUCGCCCUGGAUAGGCCCACGCACGGUCUGGACAUCUUCGACGCCUUCUUCUUGGUCGAGUACCUGAGGCAGUGGGCCAGCCGCGGUCAGCGGCUCGUCGUCCUCACUCUGCAUCCGCCCACGUACGAGAUCCUGACGAUGGUGUCGAGGGUCGCGCUCACCUCCGGCGGUCGGAUCAUGUACUCCGGGCUUAGGAGAGAUAUGCUGCCAUAUUUCGCGCUCGCCGAGUUUCCCUGUCCCCCGUUCAAGAAUCCGUCCGAUUACUAUCUCGAUUUAGUGACGCUGGACGACUUAUCGGCGGAAGCGAUGCUGGAAUCCUCGCAGAGGAUAGAUCAUCUCGCGGAAUUGGCCAGGACGAGGCUACCUCCGCUCAGCGAUCCUGGACCACCCGGCGCACUUCCGCCCUCGAGAUCUGGUCCCAAUAUAUUCCUGCAAAUUUAUGCGUUAUUAUUGCGAACGCUUAUUUACAGUCAACCGUGGACGUUGACGCGAUUGCUGCGAAAAAUCGUAAUCUCCGCGUCACUCAGUAUUCUACUUGGUGCAAUAUUCUGGGACGUUGCUAGCGAGUCAAAUUUAUAUCUGAGAGAUAGAAUAGGCUAUCAUUACGCUAGCUUGGGCAUCUUCUUCUGGCCUCUGAGCCUUCUGGCAAUGUAUGACGUAGCCAACAGCAGGCCGAACGUAGAGAGAGAUAUCAGGGAUGGAUUGUAUGGCAGAUUUAUUUACAUCCUCAUAGAGCUCAUCUGCAGCGUACCAUCCUGGUGCGUAGUUUACCUGAUAUACCUGGCGCCGGCGUUCGCCAUGUCGGGGCUGCACUUGGUGCCGGAUGAGAACAUGACGUCGCUGUGGAACUAUCUUGCCGUCGGUCUGCUGUAUCUGAUGAUGCAGCAUCUCAUCUGCACUUUCUUCGCGCACGUGUGCAAGUCUACGUAUCUGGCAGCGCUGUUCGCCGGCGUGGUGGUGGGCGAGAUGAGUCUGGCCGGGGGCAUCACCCUGCAUUUGGACAAUCUGCCAUCGUGGUAUCAGCGGAUCAGCAUGAUGCAGUGGUCGUUGUCGCUGCUGCUGCCGCGUCUGCACAGGAGCGAGAGUAUGAGUAAGCUGGCCAACUGUAGGCCCAAGCAGAUCCAGCGGCAGGACAUCAUCAUCCAGGCGGCGUGCGAGCCACCCGAUGGCGCGUUAGCCCUUCGCGAAGUCGCCCUCGACAAGCUGAACCUACGCGGCGAGUUGUGGCUGGGCACCGGCGUGGCUAUCACGGCCGUUCUGAUCGUUCUGGGUUUCCUGUGCGUCAAAUACGCGACGCCGAAGAGGCCCAGAAGCGCCCCGAACAAACCCUGAUUCUAAUACGCGAGAGGAAUCUCGUAAAGUAUAGAAUCGAGAUUAUGUACACAUGUUAUGUUCGCGAGUUGUGCGAAGUUGAUUUAAGCAGACUUUCACUCUUCGUUUCGUAAAGCUGUUUUCGUCGAAGUAAUUUUUAGAAUCUCUUAAAGAUUGAAGAUCAUAUGUUAGAGAUUUAAGCGCGACGAUGAUUUCUUUGGGUUACGGCAACGAAACGUCUUAAAUUUAACACUUGCUCUCUGAGAUAGCGUUUUACUAAUUCAGUGUGCCAAAUGGCUGAAAUAAAUAGUAUUUUUGCGAAAACAGAUUUUUAAAAUGGUUUUCUUGAAUAUUAUUUUCGGCAGUUAUAGUUUAUUUGAUUUCUUUCAUUAAAAAUUUUUAUUUUUGAGGCGUAUUCCCGAAAGAUUGAAAAAACGGAAUUUAUCACGUUAAAUUUCUUAUAUAAUUUCUUAUAUAAGAUAUUUAAAAUCUCGAUGAACACCGGUGAUACCGAAUGUCACUUGGAUUUCCUGUUCAUCAAACUUUAACAGUAGGAUUUUAAAUAAAUGGAUAGUGCUUCUCUCUCCUUCUCUCGAUACAAUCUAUAUACUUACUUCGCGUUCGUAAUGUCUCAUUAAUGUCUACUCCGUUGCGAUUCUUUAAAGAAAUAAGCUUUAGGGACUCGCAGAGUAGACAUCCGGGCGAUAUAAAGUACAAAACUUAUAACGAGACAUUACCUUAUUCCCGUAAUAAAAGCCCGCCGUUUAUAUACAACAGACACGCUUAAUACUUUAUAUAUUGUCUUAACCGUAUUGUUGUAAUCGUAUUAAAUAUUCUCAUGAAACGAAUAA